CCCGUCCCUGUUCCUCUCUUGAGAGAUCAUCAGAAUCACGAACCAGAAAUGGCGGCACCAAAGCUGGAAUCUUUCAGGAGGGGCAGCAUGUUUGACGUAUCUUUCAGGCGAAGUAGUAUGUUCGAUGGUUCGUUUAGACAAAGCAUAAGGGAUAGGCUUCUCCCACAUCCGACCAGAGACUCUUUCUAUCCCGGUGAGGACAAAACUCCCGUCCGUUGCUGCUCCUACAGGUACUUCUCCGACAAGAUCACUGGGUUCGUGACGAAAUCACAGGAUGUUUUGGUUACGGCUUGGGAGAUGGGAACAUCUGACCCGAGGAAGAUUAUAUUCUCAGCUAAGAUGGGUUUGGCUCUGACACUCGUCUCCAUUCUCGUCUUCUUUAAGCUCCCAGGAUCAGAGCUCAGCAACCACUAUCUCUGGGCAAUUCUGACAAUAGUUGUUGUCUUCGAGUUCAGCAUAGGAGCCACAUUUAGCAAAGGCUGUAACCGGGGACUAGGAACGUUAUCUGCAGGAGCAUUGGCGCUUGGCAUGGCUGAGAUAUCCGCAUUGACUGGACAGUGGGCAGAGGUUUUCAACUCUGUUAGCAUCUUCGUCGUAGCCUUUUUUGGGACUUAUGCAAAACUAUACCCAACGAUGAAGCCGUAUGAGUACGGAUUCCGGGUGUUCUUGCUGACGUAUUGCUACGUAAUAGUGUCGGGAUACAGAACAGGGGAAUUCAUGGAAACAGCGGUCUCAAGGUUCCUUAUGAUAGCACUUGGUGGCGGCAUUGGCCUCCUUGUCAACACUUGCAUUUACCCCAUAUGGGCAGGUGAUGAUCUCCACAACUUAAUCGCAAAGAACUUUGUGAAUGUCGCCACUUCUUUGGAAGGAUGUGUGAAUGCAUAUCUCAACUGCGUAGCAUACGAUACGAUCCCCUCGAAGAUGCUGGUCUAUGAAGCUGUCACGGACGAUCCAGUGUACAGUGGUUACAGAUCAGCCGUUCAAUCAACAAGCCAAGAAGACACUCUGAUGGGGUUUGCUUCAUGGGAGCCACCACACGGUCCAUACAGAUCCUUCAGAUAUCCAUGGAAGGCGUACGUGAAAGUAGGUGGCGCAUUGAGGCACUGUGCAUUCAUGGUGAUGGCAUUACACGGAUGCAUUCUCUCAGAGAUUCAGGCUGCAGAGGAUAAACGAAGCGUGUUUCGUAACGAGCUACAAAUAGUCGGCGUGGAAGGAGCUAAAGUACUAAGAUUCAUCGGAGAAAAACUAAAGACGAUGGAGAGACUAAACCCUAUAGAAGACAUCCUCCACGAGAUUCACCAAGCAGCUGAAGAACUCCAAAGCAAAAUCGACAAGAAAUCGUACCUUCUCGUCAACGCCGAGACCUGGGAGAUCGGGAACCGAUCGAAAGAUCUUACAGACGAAAUCAAAAUAUCGAAUCUCGACGAGGAUGUGAGUCGGAUCCUGGCGCAUAAGUCACAGAGCGAAGCCACGAUCCGUCCGCCUAAGAACUGGGACGUUGUGACGACCACUUCGAAGAAUCCGAAUCCCGCGACGAUCCAGAGCCAGCAAUCGAGGACGGCGAUGCAGAAACAGUCGUCGUGGCCUAGUCGGAUCUCUCUGACGCCGGGAAGUUUGUUGAUUACACCGGGAGAUGAUGAUGAGGCGGCGAAGAUGUAUAGGAGUGCGAGUGCUCUGUCUCUAGCUACGUUCGCUUCGUUGUUGAUUGAGUUCGUCGCGAGGCUGGAGAAUCUGGUGAAUGCGUACGAUGAGUUGUGUGAGAUUGCGAAUUUCAAAGAGGCUGUUAUUGCCUGAGUGUGUGUAAACGAAUAAUGGCUUGCCGUUUGUUUUGUUAAAUAAAAUUAUGUUCCUUUGGAAUUA